CAUCCCCAUAAAAACAGGAAAGGAUUGGUGGCCAGUUUUUUAUUGUGAAUUCAUUUAUCCUGUUAUCAGGAGAGGCUUUUAGCUAACAUGGAAAGAUCUCACGAUUCAAGUCCAGGUGACGUUGAGAGUACGUUUAUUAAAGCUGGGGACAGUGAGACAGGGAAGGCUUCAGGUAGAAGAGGCAAGACCAUCGCAGCAGGAGUGAGCCCAGGAGGAGCUGCCGUUGGAGAGUCCAGCCGAGCUCUUCAACUGGGUCUUCAGUCGUGUGUGGCAACCUCAGCAAACCGGCAGGAUGGCUGCAAACAAGAGUAAGAGCCAGAGCUCCUUGGCCCUCCACAAGGUGAUCAUGGUUGGCAGUGGAGGGGUUGGCAAGUCGGCCCUGACGCUUCAGUUCAUGUACGAUGAGUUUGUAGAAGACUAUGAACCUACCAAAGCUGACAGUUACAGAAAGAAGGUGGUUCUCGACGGAGAGGAAGUGCAGAUCGACAUUCUGGACACGGCGGGGCAGGAGGACUACGCGGCCAUCCGCGACAACUACUUCCGCAGCGGGGAGGGCUUCCUCCUGGUCUUCUCCAUCACGGAGCACGAGUCGUUCGCGGCCACGGCCGAGUUCAGGGAACAGAUCCUCCGCGUUAAGGCUGAAGAAGAUAAAAUUCCAUUGCUUGUGGUGGGAAACAAGUCGGACUUGGAGGAGCGGAGGCAGGUGCCGGUGGAGGAGGCGCGGAGCAAGGCGGAGGAGUGGGGCGUGCAGUACGUGGAGACCUCCGCCAAGACGCGGGCCAACGUGGACAAGGUGUUCUUUGAUCUAAUGAGAGAAAUCAGAGCAAAGAAGAUGUCAGAGAACAAGGACAAGAAUGGCAAGAAAAGCAGCAAGAACAAGAAAAGUUUUAAAGAAAGAUGUUGCUUACUGUGAAUGCCACGGGGGCGGUGCAGUCCGCUGCACGAGGGACGGGGUCGUUCAGAGAGACUGUAGCCCGCUUCUUGGUGUUCUCCCUGCUCACCCAACCUCAUCCACGCAGACUUCAAAUGGGGCAAUACUGUGAGUCGGUGGCAGAAGAAAUAAGUCCUCGACCUUGCAGUGGACCAGCCCUGGUCAGGAGGUUCGGAGGCCCCUUCCUCCUCCGUCCCCUCCCUCCCUCCGGACGUUUGACCACGUGUGCAGUGCUGGCGGCAGGACAGUCCACUGUUAAUUAACACGAAAGAGGACUGGCAGCAUCCUAUCCCCCCACCCCGUUUCACAGCAUUAGCACCUUUUGUCUUGAAAUGAAAACAUUUUAUUUUAUUAGGUGUUGGGAGGAGGGCUGGGGUACGACUUCCCCAGCCCUUGUCGGCUUCACAGUAGCGCUCAGAAAACCCGUUCAGCCCCACGACACACGGCGCAGACUUAGUGCCCGGGGGUUGAAGCGCUGCUAACAAGUCGAUUUGAGUUGGGCCAGACAGGUCAAUACCAAGCUCAUAAACCCUUCUCACCUAUGAGAAAUGAAAGUUGUGUUCUUUGCAUUGAAACAUUGGCCAAUGCUGUCUUGUUGGCUGUUUCCUCCUGUGGCGCCCUGGUUUUGGGGAGGACUUCUUUUUAAUGGCCUGGAUGAGGACUCAAGAGGGGCAUACUUUAUCAAUGGUGCACUUUUCUCAUAGAUUAAAAACAAAUUCUUUUGCUAAAUGCUUUCCUAAUUGCUAGUCCUAUGGUUAUGCUCCUCGUCUCCACUCGUAACCCACACAUUGUGUCCUGAGAAGGUGUGUGCGUGUGGGCACGGAGGGCUCCUGAGGCGAGGAGAGUUCUGGGGAACGCGGUGAGCGCGCCGCAUUCUGAGACCACCGAGCCAGACGUCCCGCGGCCUGCCUGCAGUGGCUCGUAACUCUGAAUUGAAAUCGGGAGAAGUUGGGAAGGAUAAGCCAUUGCUCCUUUACCUCUGAGAACUGGCUGCUGUUUCUGUCAUUUUAUUUUUCUGAGACAGCCAUACACUUAGUUAGAAAAAGACUCUUAUGGGUGAGAGAUUGUUCAUCUUCCUUGAGUCCGUAUUCUAACUUCGGCAGUCAGGAGAUCUUCCGUCAGGGAAGGGGUGCUGUCGUCAAAGCCCAGUGUUCACAUUUCCCCCCAUUUUCCAGAAGUGACAUUUCACACAUAGGUGCCAAAAGUGAUGGGGGUGGGGAGAGCAGGAACCUUUGAAUUUAUGGUUACUAUAGAAAUUGUGGAAAUUAUGAUCUGACUGGAAAACAGUCUUGUAUAACUUCCCAAAGAAUCUUGGACUUUUGAAUUAAAAAAAAGCGAAUACACUUUUUUUAGGAUUUCAGCCUUCUUACUUUGUCCUUUUGUCAUAUAUGUGAAAUGCAGGUAUUAAAUUGACGGUAAGUUAGUCAUUAUCCUUGUUUGAUGUUCUACAAUAUCCGACAAACUUUAUUUCAAUUCAUCCUUUGAACUGGAC